AUGGAUGCACCGCAACCACAGCCAGCGAGUCCCCAAGCUCCAAACCCGCCGUCGACCUCAUUCUCAAAUUCAACUCUAAGUACAACCACAGCACCAGCCCAAAAGCCAGAACCGAUUGUCCUCAAACCAGAAACAAUCUGCUCCCUACCCGCCGAAUCCUUCCCCGACUCAAAUAGUACCAACAACUUAACCUGGCGCACCCUUCUCUCCACUUCCCCCCCACACCUCACCCCCAGCAGUAACAUGUGCGCUGGGCUAGCAAGCUGCCCACCGCACACGGGGCAACUCUCACUCCACCGCCACACCCAAGCCGAGAUCUACUACAUCACAUCAGGCCGUGGGAUCGUGAACAUUGAGGGCUUCCAGCACGAAGUCUCUGCGGGGAGUGUCCUUUUCAUCCCCGGGGACGCGGAGCACGGCGUCGUGAAUCGCGGAGAAGAGACGCUUGAGUGGUUCUAUGUUUUCCCCACAGCUGGGUUCGGGGAUAUUGUUUAUCGGUUUUCUGGUGAGGAGUGGUGGUAG